AUUAUGGGAUAUGUUGUCGUGUAGCUCUAUGAGCUAAAAUUUGCCAAUACAACACAUUAUUGUUUGUGUGUGGAUGAACUUUAAAAGCCAGUGCUAGUGCUAGUGCAAGUGCAAGUGGGGACCAGCUAUAACUAAAUCAGGAGCUUGUAUGGCUUCCUCUAGCAGAAGAGUGGCAAUAGUGUCAGGCUCCAACAAGGGCAUUGGGCUGGCUAUUGUGAGGCAGCUUUGUAAGCAGUUUGACGGAGACGUGUUCCUCACUGCACGUAAUGAAGAGAGGGGAAAAGAAUCCGUUAGAGCUCUGAAGUCCGAAGGAUUGAGCCCGAAAUUCCAUCAGCUGGACAUUACCUCAAUUGAUUCCAUUGAAAAGCUUCGAAAAUUUACUACUGAUACGUAUGGAGGCUGUGAUGUGCUUGUGAAUAAUGCUGGAAUUGCUUUCAAGUAUGAUACAACUGCUUCCAAUAUCGAGCAAGCUACAGUCACCCUUGGGACUAACUUCACUGGCACAAUGCAAAUGCUUAGAGCAUUCUCUCCAAUAAUGCAACCCCAUGGGCGAAUUGUCAACAUCAUGUCUUGGACUGGGAUUUUUUCAAAACUAUCAAGUGAUGCUCUUCGAGAUAAAUUCUCCAGUCCUUCUCUGACCGAGAAAGAGUUGAUUGCACUGAUGGAUCAGUUCAUUGCUGAUGUUAGGGAUGGUAAACAAAUUGAGAGAGGAUGGGUGAAGACCUUCUACGCCAGCAUAUCAGUUGGAAUUCUUGCUCUGUCAAACGUCUAUGCUAGAGUACUAGCAGAAUCAGGUAAAGAAGAUGUGGUUGUGAGUGCCAGCUGCCCUGGGUAUGUUCGUACGGACAUGUCUGGACCCAAAGCCCCCCUCACUCCUAACCAGGGAGCAGAGACACCUGUACUGUGUGCACUACUGCCUCAGGGAAGCCCAACUGGGAAAUAUUGGAAAGAUAAAACUGUUCAAAGUCAACUAUAACUUAACUAUAGGGACUCUUUAGUCUUAUAAUUGCUUAUUAUAUUUGAAGGAAGCCAUUUCUGGUGAUUUAUCAAAUUAUCAUCAGAAGGAAAAA